AUGGGUGAUCAGUCCUUAGCGCCGACCUCGACGGACCUGGCAAACGUCGUUGUAGUGAGCCUUCUUGGGGGAAUGGGCGUCACCCCUCAAGUGACCUUAUAUAUCGACCCUACUCGUGGGAAUAAAAUGAAUAUUACUAAAGAAAACAAAAAUCAAAUGAUACAACAAACACUUCAUAAAAGUAUCUUCAAACACACUAGGAGUGUUUCCCUUGGUACACUACCGAAUGAAAUAAAUACACAAAAUACAAUCAAUGAAAAGUCAGCAACUAAUAGCAGUAAUACAAACAAUGAACAAGACAACACAUCAUGGCAAAAUGAUCAGGUACCUAUGAAAAGGAAAGCUGAAGCAAACGGUGCUGAAACUACCAAAGAAUAUAGAGACACUAAACCACCGAAACCAGAACCUAUAUUCGUCACUGGAGUCAUAGACAUAAACAAACUAAAAGACCUUCUCGCAACUAUUGUGGAAACUGGGAAAUACACUAUAACAACCCUGAGAUCCGGUCACAUAGUUAAAGAUAUGCCAGCCGAUAUAGAUACCUAUAAAAACAUAAGAGCUAUUUUUAUCGAAAAAGAUGUAAGUCACUAUACCUACAAACUCAAAAGUGAAAGAGCCUAUCGUGUAGUCCUACGUGGUCUACACUCAUCUGAAGACACCGAAACCAUAAAAAAAGAGCUACACGAACUUGGACAUGAAAUCAGACACAUAACAAAUAUAAGACACAGAAACACAAAACAACCAAUGCCUAUAUUCUACUUGGACAUAGAACCAAAACACAACAAUAAAGACAUAUUUAAAAUUAACAAAUUAAAACACGUUAAAAUCACAUUUGAAGCACCAUAUAAAAAACUAGAUGUCCUGCAGUGCAAGAGAUGCCAGAGGUUCGGACAUGCCAAGAACCAAUGGAAUAGACCAUUCAGAUGCGUGAAAUGCGGGGAAGAUCACCCUACAUCAAGUUGUUUAAAGAGGCCUGAUACUGAGGCGACCUGUGCGAAUUGUCAAGAAAAGCACCCGGCCAGCUAUAAAGGCUAUACAAAAUAUAAGCAAUAUCGGGACUUAAUUAUGAAAAAGUCUACUAAUAGAAACAGAACCACUGAACAAAGAACUAAACAACAAUCAGACAUUAGAGUUAAUACCACUGAACAAAAAAACCAAAACAAAGAAAAUUUGCAAACAAAAUACAACACUUAUGCACAGGCAACAAAGGCCAACAGCUCAGCAGGAGCAAAAACAGACAUCAAAGAUCCUAACAAUUUUGUCGAGGCAACAGAACACAUAGACAGUCCAUUUGCAUUUUUAUUGGACCCGUUUAAAGAAACAACGGUUACGCAGGAACAAAUAUCGGACAGUUGA